GCAGCGGGGCGUCGCCGACGCCGACACAAGGAAGCGGCUUGGCGGCCCGGGCUCUGCGCGGGGCCUAGCGGCGCAGACGGGCACGGCUGGAGGCCGCGGGCGGAGGGUUAUUGGCGCGCUUGAGCCGUUGGCGUCGGCCCCGGCCCCGCCUCCCUCCCCGCAGCUCGCGCCCUCCCUGGCGGCGGCGGCGCGGAUGGCUGCCGCGGCGGCGGCGGCGGCCCCGGCUCUGUACGCCUGCACCAAGUGCAACCAGCGCUACCCCUUCGAGGAGCUCUCCCAGGGCCAGCAGCUCUGCAAGGAAUGUCGAAUUGCACAUCCCAUUGUAAAAUGUACUUACUGUCGAUCCGAAUUCCAACAAGAGAGCAAAACUAACACAAUAUGCAAGAAAUGUGCCCAAAACGUGAAGCAGUUUGGAACGCCCAAGCCUUGUCAGUACUGUAAUAUUAUUGCAGCAUUUAUUGGCACAAAAUGCCAGCGUUGCACAAAUUCAGAAAAGAAAUAUGGACCACCUCAGACAUGUGAACAGUGCAAGCAGCAAUGUGCUUUUGAUCGCAAAGAGGAGGGAAGAAGGAAGGUUGAUGGGAAGCUGUUGUGUUGGCUUUGCACACUGUCCUACAAGAGAGUACUGCAGAAGACAAAGGAACAGAGGAAGAGCCUAGGGUCUUCACAUUCUAAUUCGUCAUCCUCGUCUCUUGCUGAGAAAGACCAGCAUCAUUCAAAACACCAUCACCACCACCACCACCAUCAUCGUCACAGCAGCAGCCAUCACAAAAUCAGCAAUCUAAGUCCAGAACAAGAUCAGGGACUAUGGAAACAGAGCCAUAAAUCCUCUGCAGCUAUUCAGAAUGAAACUCCAAAGAAAAAACCCAAACUGGAAUCCAAGCCAUCCAAUGGAGAUAGUAGCUCUAUAAAUCAGUCAGCAGACAGUGGGGGAACUGACAACUUUGUCCUCAUAAGUCAGUUGAAAGAAGAAGUGAUGUCACUCAAACGUCUUUUGCAGCAAAGAGAUCAGACUAUCUUAGAAAAAGAUAAAAAGUUGACAGAGUUGAAGGCAGACUUUCAGUACCAGGAGUCUAAUUUAAGGACAAAAAUGAACAGUAUGGAAAAAGCUCACAAGGAAACAGUGGAACAACUGCAGCAAUAGAAGUUUUACGCAAGGGUGGCUUCAUAACUUCAGCAUGACAGUUGUGCAUGGCACUGUUGAAUAAGUGUUCCCUCCUAUUCAAAAAGUUUGUUGAUCUCUUUCUGCAGUGUGUCACUGAUGGAUAUAGUACUGGAAUUAAGAGUAACUAUUAGGACUUUUGAACAGUGUUUCUGUUAUGUUUAAACAGAAGAGAAAGUGUUUCUAUAAAUCUUUCUUUUUAUCUAUAUUACAGGCCAAAAACAGAGAACUACUCAAACAGGUUGCUGCGUUGUCAAAGGGUAAAAAGUUUGAUAAAAGUGGAAGUAUACUAACAUCUCCAUGAGGAACUGGUUACUUAAAUGAGGAUUACUACUCAAUGUAAAUUUGAGUAAUUCUGUGAAGCCCUUAAAAUCCUGGGUAGUGGAAAAAUAUUUUUGCACACGAGAUUAGUCGGCAUGUUUCCUACACGUUUUUAUAACUAAUAUGCAGCUUUUUAGUUAAACUGUUCAGAUAAAGUACUUCAACUGGCUUGAAGAAAUUUUUUAUUUUUUUUUAUAUUGGGAACUUUUUUGCCAGCAAUAGUAUUUAACAGUUGCAGAGGAGUAAUACAGCAAUGCUCUCUUUAAAACACAUCAUGCAAUAACAAAAUAGGUGUACUUUCUACAGACUUCAAGCAUCAACUGAAUCCCUUAAACUAUGCUAACUUUGGCCAAAAGUUCAGUUUCAAGUUUAUAAAUCUGCAAGGACAGGAAUAUGGACACUGGGUUCUGGCAACUGUUCUUUUGCUUUGUAUUAAAAUAUAGGACAUUUAGGUUGGAAAUCAUGGUGCUCUUAAAUGAAACUCAAAAGAUGUAUACAUAUGUGUAAAUACAAUUGUAACAGUUAUAUUCUUAGUGAUAACAAGUGAGUAACUAGUGUUUUACAUUCUUGUGAUUGGAAUUUAUUGAAAGAUUAUCUAUUGUACAGUACCAGAGGCAGUGUGGGUUUUUUUGUAAGACUUACUGUAGACUUUUUUCUUGCAAGUGCCUUUCUCCAACUGUUUAUUUAUAGGAAUGUUGGUAUUUUGUACAUAACGUUUUUGUUUUAAGAUCAUGUUUUAUAAAUGGUUGUGUAUAUAUAAAUGUGUGUACAGAGGAAUCAAAAACAAAGAUCAAAGUUGCUAGUGCAGUGCUUGAAGCAGCAUGAAGAACUAGCUAAUUGAUGGAUAGUGUGUAUUGACUUUUUUAACCUUAUUAGAUUGCAUCUGUGGGGUUUGUUGAGUCUGGUUAGUGCUUAUUAUGCCAAACACUUCCUAAAUAAACAAUUCGUAUGGUUUUUGCCACACUAGAUGAUAAUGCUUUAUGUAUUUUUCCUGUUGGCCUAGUGCUAAUUUUUUUAAUUUCACAGCAAGCAUUGUACUCCCAGUGUUAUAUCCUGAAUUAGCAGUAUAGUUAAUACUCACUACUUUAUUUUUAAAACUUGCAUAUUCAGUUUGUCUUUGUUUUAAAUGUACUUAGUUGUAACUUAUGGUCACUUUUUAAGUAACUAGAUUGACACGUACUUAGUUUAGUAAAGAUAUACAUCGAGAAAACAGUAGUCAAAACUGUAAUGGUCAGUACGUAAAUAAAGGGAAUGGAUGUGGUGUCAAAUGAAAAUUUAUUGUUCACCCCCUCGAAUGGAAUCUUCUGUUUUUACAUUUAGUUAGCUCAGUUUUAGCUCUGCUCCUAAUGGACAUCAGUACAAGUGUCUUAGUAGGAUGAAACAACUUCGCGUAACUGGGGGUACACUGUUUAGGAAAGCAAAUUCUAAACCAGCAUUACUUGGAAUAGUCGUCUGUCAGAUGGGAGCUCCAGUUCAGAUGUGGACGUUGAUUUGGUGACUCGGGAACUGCUUGCACUUCAGCUAGCUUUAUUGUCUGUGACAUCUUGCUGCUUGGAGGACUAGAAUCUAAAGUCCUCUGGCUAUCUACCCAGAUGCUACUGAAUUGUGAACAACCUCAGCAAUUUAGACAAGACUUAGUCUAAUGAAUAAUUUUAAUUGGGAAAAAUCAAACUAGCUUGUUUCAUACAGUGAAGAUGUAUUUGAUUUUUUUUGUACAUGAAGAUCAACUUUGUAAGUUUAUAAAAACUGUUCUUUAAACUUACUAAUACAGCUAGGAUAGAAAAUGCUGCUGCUAUCCUAUUGGGAUGUUAGUUGUAUUGAAAGAUUUUUUUAAAAAAAAAUUUAGGAGUUUUUCUGACUUUCAUUAGUUCAGAGUAAUAUUUUGAUACUGGGGGCUUUUCUCUCCAGUUUACUGGCCACCAGUCCAUGAUGCAUGUGGAUUCAGAACCAUGCACAUCAAAUUGAGGAAUUAUCCCAUUAAGCAAUUCUUAUUCCAACCUCCUUGAGCUGCAAUAUAAUUUUUUUUUAAAGAAAAAGUUCAAUAUUAUACUUGAGUUUUAUAGAUCCCAGUGC